AUGAGCGCCGCUGAAGACGAAGAUCUAAAAUUGCAGCGAGCAUCUGCUCUGCUGCUCCCUGACCUUGAGAAGCUUCUCCCACGACUGCUACGAAAACGCCAGCAAGGCUCUACAUCAGGCUCUGUCCGCCACAAUGUUAGGACGGCUGAUAUGCACAAAGCGUGCAGCCUGAUUGAGCCCUUUCAAGAGGAUCCUCAACUUCUGGACACUCACCUUAAGACUCUUAUCCCGCCACUGGUUGAUGCUUACUUGGAAACCAUUUCGACGAGCACCAAAGAGGAUCCAAAAGAUGGCUGUUUACCGCUCUCACAUGCCAUAUGCCGUAUUUUGAAUGUAUUCUGCAAAGUCCGCGGUGAAAAGGUCAUCAAAGGAUUCUUCAACAACGAGCCGCGUUACCUCGAACCAAUCUUGAGGGAGCUCGAGGCCUGCAAAGAUAGUACUAACGAUGGCCCUGAGGCAGCACUAUCUCAGAGUGACCGGCCAUGGGUUCGCCGUUAUGUACUGCUCCUGUGGCUUUCGCAGUUGUUACUGGCUCCCUUUCCUUUGGAGUCCAUGUCUGGGCUGCAGAAUUCUGCAGAAGCUUCAAUUGCGCCCGGGCUGAAGUUGCCUACCAAAUUACCAGGGAUAGCCCUCCGUGUGCUCUCCAUAUGCAUGUCGCAACUCCGAGCCCCAACCAAAGAGAAAAGUGCUGCUGCAAAACUAUUGGUUCGAAUUUGUGUACGUCCAGAUAUGCAGAAGAUGGGUUUACUGAACUCCAUGGUUUCGUGGUCACUUUCCUUCUUCUCUGAAGUGAACGAAGAGCAAUUUGAUAUACACCAGUGCCUUGGUGUAUUAUCGUUCAUAUCUGGACUCCUUGCAUCCGCUACGAACGAAGAACUUGGCCCUUUUCUCGCUGCAACUUAUCAAUCUUGCCGAAAAGUACUGGACCAAGAGAGCCUUGUUUUCAUCAAAUCGUCGGCUGUGGCUCGCAAACUAGUAGUAAAAAGCCUGCGAAAUAUUGUCCUGCAUUGUCUGCAGACAACCUCCGUCAUACCUGGGCUUGAUCCAACAACAGUUCUGGAGGAAGUCAUCGAAUUCCUCCUGGAAGCACUUGCAGAUGGAGAUACUCCUGUUCGAUACGGGGCAAGCAAAGCACUCAGCAUAAUCACACUCAAACUUGACACCGAAAUGGCUGACGAGGUGGUUGAGGCAAUCUUAGGCUCCCUCACCGAGAACGUCUACUGGCAGAGCUCCAAACGCAACUUGAGCAGUGUAAAUCCGCUUAGAUGGCACGGAUUGACGUUGACACUUUCUCAGUUGCUCUAUCGUAAAGCAGUCCAAACAAACCACUUGCCUGACGUCCUGAACGCUCUUCUGCUCUCUCUUGGAUUCGAGCAACGAUCACCCACUGGAGGAUCCAUCGGUACGAACGUUCGCGACGCAGCUUGCUUUGGCAUCUGGGCACUCUCGAGACGCUAUGCUACUGCAGAUCUCCUUGUUGUGGACACAGCGUCGAUACGCGCUUCAGAGCAUCUUAAAUCAUUGAAUGUACCUCAGGUCCUUGCAAUUGAACUGGUAGUCGCUGCUUGUCUCGACCCAGCAGGCAACAUCAGAAGAGGAUCAUCCGCUGCUCUACAGGAACUGAUUGGUCGACACCCGAAUACGAUUGAGGAAGGCAUACCGCUGGUGCAAAUGGUAGAUUUCCAUGCUGUCGGCCUCCGUCAGCGAGCAAUGUGUGAUGUGGCAAUCAAGGCAGGAGACUUGAGCUCGCUCUAUUGGGAAGCGCUGUUCGAAGGCCUCCUUGACUGGCGAGGAACAGGCUCUUUGGACUCUGAAUCGCGUUUGUUUGCAGCAGAAGCCGUGGGGUCUUUAUCGAAGGGACGCUCCCUGGCUGUGGUACAAAGAAUGUCGGGACAGGUGCGCAAUACGCUUUCAGCCUUGCGCCCCAGACAAGUAGAGGAGCGACAAGGACUAGUAUCUACGCUUGCAGCUCUCGUGGACACUGCAAGAACCUUAAUUGACAACAGUGGAGAUGGGGCUUUGUAUGCGUCUCUCUCGGACCUUUGGGCGCUGUUGUUGAGCGACUUGAAGCUUGAAGACAAGGCGUUUACCUCACCAGCACUGCGACCACAGUUUACGGCAUCCUCCAUAUGUGCAUUCAUUGCAGCAAUGGCUACGUUUACGACUGAUUGUUCCAGUAGUAUCAAGUCAUCCGAGAUACCCACGGAAGAGGUCUGUCGCCUCUUUGAUCUGUGCCUCACUCGACAUGAACAGCCAGUCUUGGAUGGAAUCGCCGUCACUGCACCAGCAGUCAUUCUACUCCUCUCCAAGACACCCAAAGUCGACACCAUUGAGGUCGUAUCGUCGUGGUUGACUAGACUAGAGAACGAAGCCUCGUACAACGGACUCAGAUGCUCAGGACACGCAGUCGCGCUCGGAGCCGCAUAUGCCAACUUGACUAACCUUCCGGCUGACACGAAAAGGGAGGAAAUCCAGCGCCGCAUCGUCAAGGUCCUCACAUUCCGAUGCACUGCCGCCGUAGCCAUCGAAGCUCGCACUGUAGCCUUGCGCGCUCUGGGCGACCUCCUCGCCAGUAAAUCUUCAGCAUCGUACCAUCUCGCCCCAGACGCAGAAACGCAGGUAGGCCGCGCCCUGCACAUCGCACUCAAUGACUACACCAUCACCGAACGAGGCGACGUCGGGGCCCUAGUCCGACUAGAAGCUCUAAAUACCGCCCAUUUGGCUUGGACAUCCGGUCUCCUAAGCUCAACCCACGAGCCAUGUGGCCGCGAGAUCUACGCCGACGUCCUACGCUUGUCUCUCGAGAAACUAGAUAAAAUGCGUGUCAAAGCUAGUCAAGUCCUACACCACGCACUCGACCCCAGCGCACUCGACGCAGGCGUCUCUUCCAAAUCCUUCUUCCUCUCCGCCCUCGCUCCACUGCAAUCUUCAGCAGACACCAUCAUCAAAGAAGCCAUCUGCGUCGGCUUCGUCAGCUCAGCGGGUAUGGGCUCGGAAUCCGUGGUUCAGAACUCGCGUAUGGCGUUGCUUGAUUUCGUUGAUACCCUCCCGUCCUCCUCUGAUGCCGGAGACCAAUACUCCCUCCUCGACCUCGCAACCACUUUCCUCACCCUCCUAAAAUCCCACCUCGACAACGACCGUAUUCUGCUUCCUCUCCUUGAAGUCCUGGCUUUCUUAUUCGAUAUGCACGUUAUGCACCGCCUCACUACUACAUCCUUCUCUUUCCGCACCCUCUUGUCUUACGCACAAAAAUCUCACUUCAAAUCCUCGCACGUGCACAAAUUGCACCUCGCACUGGAUAUGUACCGCGGACUAGGCAGCGUGCCCGUGACGCGCGAGGAGACGCUGAGGAAAGUGACGAGUAUGCUGUUGCAUCCGUUUCCAAAGAUUCGUGUUACGGCGGCGGAGACCUUGUGGUUUUUGAUGGGGGAGGAGGGGUUGAAGAGACAUGAUUGGAGUUUGCCGUCGAAGAUUUUGAAGCCUGCUGUGGAUGGGAUUAGAGCGGCGGUGGUGGCGGGGGAGGAAGCGGAGUGA